CUAAUCUCUCCUCUAUAAUCUGUAAGUGGCGCGUAUUUUUCGUGAUACUCGUUGUUACUGCUUUGACUGUCACUCAGCUUUUAGGUUUUUAAGAUUCAAUCAUGCAGACGUUUUUUCUUCGUCAAUAAAGUGUUGUACAGCUUAAUUUUGAAUUCGGGUUUUUGAGAUUUUGUCCCGAUUUUGGUAUAUCAUCAGAUUUUGAAAAAAAAAAAAAACAAUUUUAAUACUUCUUCUGAUCGUUAUCUGAAUCUGAAUGAAAUGACAAACACGAAAGCUGGGAUGUUGUUGCUGUUUUUUCUCUGUUUCAAUGUGAUCUUACAUACAGUGAUUUCCGUAGAUCCACAUACUUGUCCUGCAAAUCUUGAUGGUGAUUGUGAUUUCGACGAUUCAGCUGAAUGGGAAGGGGAAUUUUUUCCUGGGAUUCCCAAAAUUAAAUACGAGGGACCCAAAAGCAAAAAUCCACUUGCAUAUAAAUGGUAUAAUCCGAAUGAGGAGAUUCUUGGAAAGAAUAUGAAGGAUUGGAUGCGAUUUAGUGUUGCUUUUUGGCACACUUUUCGUGGAACAGGUGGUGACCCUUUUGGUGCAGCUACUAAAAUGUGGCCAUGGGAAGAUGGUAGUAAUUCUUUAGCCAUGGCAAAGAGAAGAAUGAGGGCAAAUUUUGAGUUCCUAGAGAAGCUUGGAGUUGAUAGGUGGUGUUUUCAUGAUAGAGACAUUGCUCCAGAUGGUGAAACAUUAGAGGAAACUAAUGCAAAUCUUGAUGAAAUUGUGGCUCUUGCAAAAGAACUUCAGGGGACAAAAAUUCGUCCUUUAUGGGGUACAGCUCAGUUGUUCAUGCAUCCCCGCUACAUGCAUGGUGGUGCCACCAGCCCUGAAAUUGGAGUCUAUGCAUAUGCUGCAGCUCAAGUCAAGAAAGCAAUAGAGGUUACACAUUAUCUAGGGGGUGAAAAUUAUGUCUUUUGGGGUGGUCGUGAGGGUUAUCAGACUCUUCUCAACACUGAUAUGGAGAGAGAGCUUGAUCAUAUGGCACGGUUUUUUGAAGCUGCAGUAGCUUAUAAAAAGAAGAUUGGAUUCACUGGAACACUUCUUAUUGAGCCUAAGCCUCAAGAACCCACAAAGCACCAGUAUGAUUGGGAUGCUGCCACUGCUGCUAAUUUCUUAAGGAAGUAUGGACUUAUAGGAGAAUUCAAAUUGAAUAUCGAAUGCAAUCAUGCUACUCUAUCUGGUCACAGUUGUCACCAUGAGCUUGAAACUGCAAGAAUCAAUGGUUUAUUAGGAAACAUUGAUGCCAACACUGGUGACCCUCAAGUAGGAUGGGAUACAGAUCAGUUUUUGAUGGAUGUCAAUGAAGCCACUUUGGUUAUGCUCAGUGUCAUCAAGAAUGGUGGACUUUCACCUGGGGGAUUCAAUUUUGAUGCCAAAUUACGAAGGGAAAGUACAGAUGUUGAAGACUUAUUUAUUGCUCAUAUUGCUGGUAUGGAUACGCUUGCACGUGGUCUUCGUAAUGCUGCAAAGCUACUUGAGGAUGGAUCUUUAACAGAGCUUGUGCGCAAGAGAUAUCAGAGCUUUGAUUCAGAACUUGGUGCCCAAAUCGAGGCUGGAAAAGCUGAUUUUGAGUUGUUGGAAAAGAAAGCUAUGGAAUGGGGAGAACCUACAGUUCCUUCUGGCAAACAGGAACUUGCGGAGAUGAUUUUCCAAUCUGCAAUAGAUCGAGACGAACACCUUUUCAUCUCCUUCUAUCUUCAAAUCCUACUCCCAGUAUCUCACGUUUUUCGCAAUCAAUCCUCUCGAACCCAUCGGAAUUUUCUUAUAGGCAGAUUCUCCGCUUCAGAGAUUUGGGAUUCUGCCUUUGAAGACGAAGCGAUCUGA